GUCAACGCCCCUGCAUACUCCGAGCAGGUGGCUCGCUGCGUACCUGCUGCAGUUCGCAUGCUCCUGCAUCCACAAGCACGUGGCCCGCUGCUGUUGCACCCAGUCCGCUGCACCCAAGUGCUUUGUGCGGCUCCACUCCAUCUGCUGAUUGGUCAUCCGCCGCUGCUCGUGUGCUGCUCUUCCUACUGCACCUCCACGACUGCCUCUGAUUUGAAUCGGCGCUGCCUCGUCCUCUUUCGCCGUUUCCUCUGGCCGGCUCUCACGUCCGGAUCUGCUGAUUCGUUCUACUGGAUUGGUCACAUCUGCUGCUUCCGAUCUGUGUAAAAAAAAAACAUGGUGUCUCUCGCCUGCUCUCAGGUGAUUCCUGACGGUGUUUUCAGUGUUUGCUAUACUGACCCCGUCUCGCACAUGUGCCUUUCUUCAGGGCUUGGUGCUCGUCCGUCUGUGCUAUCGUCCCCUGUGGCGACUCUCGCACGUGGUGAUUGUCGCUCUACAUCGACUCCUCCUGCGACUUUCAUCGGUGAUUAUCGUUCUACACUGGCUCCUCUCACGGCCCCCAUCGGAUGUGUUGAUGCAUAUGACUCUAUUGACCCGCAUCUUCCUUUGGCGCUUGGGGCUUGUCUGCAUGUGCCCUCGUCUCCUUCACCAGCCUCUACGGAUGAUGUUGGUUAUGCUAUGUCGCCUCCUCUGGCGGCUUCCACAGGUGGUGGUGGGCCUGGUGGCCGCUCCUCUCCCAGUGCUACUGCGUCGUCUACUUCAGCUAUGUACUUCACCGAGCAGGAGAUUGUGGGACUUCGUGGUCUGCUGACCGCCUCCGGCUCUUCAUUGCCGGGUGCAUCUACGUCGACCUCUUCAGUUGAGCUCCUGACUGAGCAGGAGAUUACGCGCCUUCGGUGCUUGCUCGCUGCAUGCUCUGGUUCUUCACCGACGGGUUCUGCUGGUUCUGCUACUGACUCCUCUGGCAUUGUGAGACCACCUUCAACACAGUCAGCUCCUUUCUGAUGGUCAGAUUGUUGACUCCGGUUGUCGGGUGAUUCUAGACUUUGACUCUUGUUCUGUUCUGGACCGUCACACUGGUGCUCUCCUUGGUGCUGGCCCCCGACACCGUGACUCUCAGGGUCUCUGGGAGCUUGACUGGCUUCACCUUCCCUCCGCUGCCACCGCCGCCAGUCUUUCCCCCUCUGUUG